AACGCUCACUUUCAUUUUGGACUUGAGGUCGGCUGCGGCCCGUACGCCAUGGCGGAUUUCCACUGCCACCACCUGGCCUUGGCGGUGCCCAUCUGCGUGCUGCUGUUUGGCAUGGCGAGUCUGACCACGGCUCACGAGCACCAUCAGUACUCCGAUACGGACCAAUUAAAAAAGAAAUGGAGUGCCCACGAUGUGGUCCGGGACGUGGAGCACAUCAAGCAGGAUUUGGCAAAGUUGAUAGUGCUACAGAAAGACGGCGAUAUUAGUGAUGAGGAAAUCGCGUUCUACUAUUUACGCAUGCACGACUUUGACAACAACAACCUGUUGGACGGUCAUGAAAUUAUGGCGGCCAUGCACCACAAACACGAAGCUCGCCAGGGCGAGAGCGGAAUGGUGCACGCUCAUACCUUGGACGAGCUCAUUGAGCAAGCCGACUCUGCUCUCGAAGAUGACAUGAAUCACGACGGGUUCCUUUCCUACCCAGAAAUUCGAGCUGCCAUGAAUAAACGGCGCUAAACGUACACGUUACGUAUACGCG